AUGAAACUGCCCAAGGGGUCCAGGAACUCUGUGUCCUGUGGGCAGCACCUAGAAAAGAAGGUGCAGAUGCCUUCAUGGCAGGAAGUAAAGCAGACCCCUGUGAUCAUGGCCAUGAUCAAAGGUCCGGGGCCUGCCAAGUAUCUGCGGCAAUCCUGCACAGGCUACCUAGGCCAUGACAACACCAUGUUCCAGGAGCCAGCCUGCACUCUGCACACUCGGCACUCGGAGAAGCGGAUCACAGAUGCAUGCAACCCUGAGCCUUGCUAUUUCUUGAAUCCUAAAAUAACUCGGUUUGGAAUGUCCAGCUGCCUGCAGAUCCCGAUGAAGGAGCGCAUCUCUAACCUGUGCUUGAGCUCCACCCCAGCCUCCUGCCACUACUGCUUGGAGAAGACCCACCCUCCUGGGGAACGCAGGGCUCCAAAAUACACUUUCGGCUACCGGUGCCCAUACAGAGUGACGGACCCCAAUCCGGCCCCCAACCGCUAUGAUCUGCCACUCUUGCUGGGGCCCAACAUUCCCAUCAACCGAGCUGCUCCAUGCUACAGUGUGGCCUCCACAGACAAGAACUGGUUCUGCAAGAAGAAUGUGGCAGGAGGUCCUGGGCCAGCCACGCACACCCGACCUGAGCCGUCUGUCUACCAGAACCGCAGCCCCAUCUACAGCAUGGCCAAGCGCUUUGCCUACCCGAUGGGCCACACACCUCAGCCUGGCCCGGGUUCCCAUGAUGUCCAGCAGGUCACAGUACACAAGCCCCGCACACCUGCUUUCACAAUGGGCAUCAAACACUCACCCUACCUGUUCCCUCUGGUCAUUGACAUUCACAACUGA